GUAAAAGAAAACAAGUUCCGCAAUUGAUAGAGAGCAAGAUCGUGGACUUGCUGAGUGACAUAAAGUAAACACACGAGGACUGGCCAUUAUCACCUGUGGAAAGGUUCAGCUUCAGGAUGUCUCUGUCAGUGUCUCAGGAUAAAGGAACAACAGUGAUCACCAUUAGCACAAACCCCAAAAGCAAAUGGCCAAUACUGUGCCAGAUUCUGGGCACUUAGUGUUACAGUCCUGUGUGCUCCGUAUCUCAAAACAGCAAAACAAAGAUGAUGACCAACUGUUCAGCGCUCGGGAUUGUGCAGAUUAUAGUGGGAAUACUUAUUCUGGGAUUGACAGGCAUUCAUCUUUUGAGAUUUUGGCUUGGUAGUGUGUUCCUCAUGGUUGGAAUAGUGACUGUUGUUGCUGUUCGAUUUCCAAGUCAUUUUCUGCUGCUCAUUGCAGCGGUGCUGAACACAGUCAGUGCUGCUCUGGCUAUGACGGGCCUUGGGCUUUAUGCAUGGGAUAUGACAAAUUUCAAUACAAAUUAUUAUAAGAUGACCCGCACUGUGCUGGACAUCACUAUGAUCAUUUUUCUAGUCCUUCAGUUCUGCGUGACCCUCAGUUUCUCUGUCCUGACUCUAAAGGAAAUGAGUGGAAUUAAUACUGUGAAGCAUCUGGAAUUUUACAAGCCACUCAAAGAAGAGCUCACUGUCAGCCAUGUGUGUUAGAGAAACAAUAGAAAAACCCCACACACAUUGUUGAUUCAACCAACAUUGUUAUAUAUGGAGAACUACAAUUCUGCCACUGAAAAGAACUACAGAUCCCAUCAGGGCCAGCGCAAGCCUAACUGGUGCUCUAGGCAAAUGAUGAUCGAGCUGCCCUGAACACCAUGAGAUGGGGGGUGGGGACAUGGAGGGGUUGGAGUGGAGACAGGUGUGUAGGGUUGCGGAUUAUAUUGAAUAGUGGGAGGGGGGGGGGAAAUCGCAGACGAAACUGAAGACUGAGGCAGGGGGAUUGGUAGGUGUCACGGACGAAAGUGAAGAGCGUUGGGGGGGGGCAGUUGUGUCGCGGACAAAAGUGAAGAGCUUUGAAGGGAUGAUAGUACAAAGCGAAGGAGGGGGUGGUAGUGGGGGGCAGUGGGGGAUUGAUGGGGGUUUGCUGUCACCGACAAUAGUGAAGUCUGGGGGGUGGGGUUGUGGUAGUGUCUCCAUGCCGCCCCUAACAAAAUGCCAGCCUGGGCAAUUACCCAUACCUAAAUCUGCCACUGGAUCCUAUCAUGCAGUUAUAGUAUUCUUUCUGAUUGAACACACACAGCUGGAAGCUCAUCAUAGACUGAUUACCAGGACUACUUAAACCUCUUAGAUUCACACACACUUGGCUCAGUAUUCUGUAACAAAGCAAGAGUGGCAACAGAGAUGGGGUUUCACGAGCAGCUUUAUUUUUUAAGAGAAUAGUCAGCAGGCAGGGGUCAAAAUAGGAACAAAACAUUAAUAGCAAAGGCAAUUAAAAAAUAAGAGUACUUCAAGAGACAGGCAAAGGUCGUGGCAGGCCAAAAAAAUCACAAUCCAAAAAGCAAUCCAAGAAUCAAAAACCAAACAUGGGAACACCAAGGAACAAUACUGAGCAAAGUGUGGGUGAAACUGAGAGGUUUAAAUAGUCCAGAUAAUCAGUCUAUGAUCAGACUGGUUUUGGUGUGUGCUUCCAGCUGUGCACUCAGUGAGAGUACUAGCUUUGGUGGGUGUGUGUGUGUGUGGGUGCAUGAUGGGAUCUGUAGUUCUUUCCAGUGGCAGAAUUGUAGUUCUCCAGAGAUCUGCAACUGCUAGAUUGCUGGUGAUCAUAAUAAUCUCAGUAGUUAUUGCCCCCACUUUAUUUGAGACUUUUGUUCAAUUUAGCAAAUUGUGAUAAAAUUGUGUUACUUUUUUUUAAAGCAAUGGCUAAAAAACAUUUGAAAUGUUGAUGUGUUUAUGUUGUUUGUGAAAGAGGCAUGACUCCAUGUCUCAUAAUUGACCUUGUACAAAGCUUCUUUGGGGGAAUCAAAAUAAAUCUAAGAAUUUCAUUAGA